AUGUCGACACGGCAUAUUUCGUGGUUCCUAUACUCCAUCCUAGCCAUCCUACUCUCUUUCGGCAAUGCAGCAGAACAGCAACCACUACAAGCCGUAGAUGCAACCCCAAGGAAGGUAGCAAUUAUUGGAGCUGGAGCUGGGGGCUCAUUUGCAGCAUAUGAACUGCGCAAGCUCGCAGACGAAGCCGGCACCCCUGUGGAGAUCACAGUCUACGAACGUGAAUCAUAUGUCGGCGGUCGUUCGACAACAGUAAAUGUCUUCGACGACCCCGCCUAUCCCAUUGAACUGGGCGCGUCCAUCUUCGUUCAGGUUAAUUAUAACCUAGUCAACGCUUCCCGCGACCUAGGUCUGACAGUCCGCAGCGCUGACUAUGCCCGACCGCGGGAGACCGAUGAAAGCAUUGGCAUCUGGGACGGAUCGCAGUUUGUAUUUUCAUUGAAGAGCACAUACAGCUGGUGGAAUAUUGGCCGGCUUUUCUGGCGGUAUGGGCUUGCGCCGCUGCGCACUCAGAAUCUGAUGAAGAAGAUUGUUGGUCAAUUCUUGCGGCUUUACGAGGAGCCUCUAUUCCCAUUUAGCUCGCUUUCCGAGGCGGCUGUUGCGGCGGAGUUGUUGAAUGCGACUUCCUCGACGGGCGAGGCGUUUCUCCAUGCCAAUGAUGUUGGGUCACUUUUCGCGAGAGAAAUUAUCCAGGCUAGUACUCGUGUGAACUAUGGCCAGAAUCUGCACUUGAUUCAUGGGUUGGAGACUAUCGUUUGUAUGGCUACUGAUGGGGCUGUCUCAAUUGAGGGCGGGAACUGGCGCAUAUUCGAUGCCGCCCUGAGCGCCUCACACGCGCAUGUCAAUGUGAACACUACUGUCACUGGGAUUACACGGAAUGAUGAUGGUACCGUGCAAGUAUCGUCGAAGCUGAACGCUGCUUCCACUUCUGAAGAGACUUUCGACGAAGUUGUCGUUGCAGGCCCUUUACAGUACUCUGGCAUUUCUAUAUCCCCUUCGUUAGAUCACACCCCGGAUAAAAUCCCCUACGUGAAUCUGCACGUUACUCUCUUUUCAUCUCCGCACCGCAUCACACCGCAGUACUUCGGGCUCGAUACCAAUGCCAGAGUACCGGAGACUAUCUUGACGACCCUCCCAGAGGACUUCAGUCCGGAAAAUCGGGCUGAUGUCGGGCCCAGCGGUUUCUGGAGUAUCAGUACUCUUCGAACAGUGGAUCAUUCCCCACUAGAUUCCGAAGAAACACAACAGCAUUACGUUUACAAGAUUUUCUCGCCAGAGCGUCCGACAGCUGAAUUCAUUGCUAGUAUUCUAGGUCUGGAGAAGGACGCUAUGUCGAGCAAUACGACUAUUGGAGAUCUUUCAAAGAGUGAUAUCAGCUGGUUCCAUGAGAAAUUGUGGAACCCAUAUCCUGUUCUAUACCCGCGCGUCACAUUUGAAGAUACUCUUCUGGCUCCGGGUGUGUGGUAUACGGGUGGUAUUGAGAGCUUCAUCUCAACAAUGGAGACCAGUGCGCUGAUGGGCCGGAACGUGGCGACGCUUAUAUUUCAGUCAUGGCAGAAACACGUUCGGAUAGAUGACGGAGCUUUUCCGAAUGGGAAGUCUGAGCUUUGA